AGAAAUUAAUUGCUUUCCGAUUCAGAAUUCAAUGGCUCGGCUUAUCUUUCUUUUCCUUGCCUUUCUCUUUCUGAUCACUAAUGUUAUCAUUAUUAGCAAUUGUAAUGGCAACUCUAUUCAUGCGGUCUGCAUUGAGAGCGAGAAAGAAGCCCUUUUGAAGUUCAAGCAAGGUAUCGUGGAUCGCACCAACCGACUGGCCUCUUGGCAUUCUGAUGGAGAUUGUUGCAAAUGGACGGGGAUUGUCUGCAACAACGUGACUGGUCAUGUCAUUGAACUCAACCUUAGAGUACCUCCAUUGGAUGACUACUAUGACGAUGAGGCUUAUGAGGCUUAUGAGAGAUCAUGGCUGGGUGGUAAGAUAAGUCCUUCUCUGCUCCAUUUGAAGCAUUUGAGUUAUUUGGAUCUCAGCAACAAUGAUUUUAAAGGAAUUCACAUUCCCAAGUUUAUUGGUUCUUUGAGGAGUCUAAGAUACCUUAACCUCUCCCUUUCAGUAUUUGGAGGGAAAGUUCCUCACCAUCUUGGUAAUCUUUCUUAUCUAAAAUAUCUCGAUCUUGGGAACAAUGAUUUGCAUGUUGAGACUCUCCAUUGGUUGUCUAGUCUUUCUUCAUUGGAGUACCUUGAUUUGAGUGGUGUGAACCUUAGCCAAGCCUCCAAUUGGUUUCAUGCACUAAAUACACUUCCUUCCUUGGUAGGGUUACACUUGUCAGGAUGUCAACUUUCACAUCAUCAUCUCCAUCUCAUUGCAAGUGUAAAUUUAUCAUCUCUUGAUACCCUGUCUCUUUCUUGGAAUUCUUUCCAAAACUUAUCAAUGAUCAAUUGGGUUUUUGGUUUCAAGAACCUAAUUUCCCUUGAUCUAUCAGGUAAUUAUAUUGAAGGUCCAAUCCCUUAUGGUCUUCAAAAUUUGACUUCGUUGAAGCUACUUGAUCUGUCAUACAAUUCUUUCAAUUCCUCAAUACCUAAUUGGUUGUAUACUUUUGCUCCUCUUGAGUUCCUAAAACUUGGGGGAAAUCUCUUGCAAGGUGAAAUAUCAAGUGACAUAGGAAAGAUGAACUUUGUUGUUGACCUUGACUUAUCCUUUAAUAGGUUUGAAGGUCAAAUCCCAAUUAGGUCGAUAGGAAAUCUUUGUAGCGUAAGGUCACUCCAACUCUCAAGUGUCAAUUUGAGUCUAGCCAUAUCAAAUAUCUUAGAAGUCUUUUCUGUGUGUGUUUCUAAUAAAUUAGAGUCAUUGUCCUUGGUUAAUUGUUCGCUCUAUGGACAAUUAACCAACCAACUAGGGAACUUUAGAAACUUAAAAGAGUUGGAUUUGUCUAGAAACUCAAUCUCUGGUUCAAUACCAGAGCUUUCAUCCUUAAAAUUUUUAUUUCUCUCUCAAAACAAAUUCAAAGGAAACCUUCUUGAGUCAUUUGGUCAACUUUCCAAUUUAGAAGUUGUUGAUAUAUCAUAUAAUUUUCUUGAGGGUAUUAUUUCAGAAAUACACUUUUUUAACCUCACAAAAUUGUUGAGGUUCCAUGCAAAUGGAAACCCAUUGAUUUUGAAGGUCGAUCCUAGUUGGAAUCCUCCUUUUCAAAUUCAAGUCUUAGAAUUAGGAUCUUGGAAUUUAGGACCACAAUUUCCACAUUGGCUUGCUUCUCAAACAAACAUAGAAUCCUUAGAUAUAUCUAACUCUGGAAUCUCAAGUGUUAUCCCUAGUUGGUUUUUUGACUUCUUUCAUCGAAUGAGUUUUUUGAAUCUCUCUUACAAUCAAAUUCAUGGGCAGCUUCUAAGUAUUUCUACCUUCAACAAUUCAUCAUCUCAAAUCUUCUACGGUUCAAGUUUCUUAGACCUUUCUAAUAAUCUUUUGUCAGGUUCCCUUUUCAACUUUUUGUGCCUUGGAGUGAAUCAAACCAUGGAUCAAAUGUAUCUUCUCAAUCUUGGCAAUAAUGUUUUGUCUGGAGAGUUACCAAAUUGUUGGUCCAAGUGGCCAAAUUUAGGGGUCAUUGUAUUGGAUAACAACAGAUUUACAGGUGAAAUUCCAAGCACCAUGGGAACUUUAAAAUGGCUUGAAUCAUUGCAUCUUCACAGUAAUAACCUUUCGGGAGAAAUUCCUGUGUCCAUGAGAAACUGUACAACUUUAAAGACCCUUGAUUUUGGUGAAAAUGAAUUGGUUGGGAAUAUCCUGUCAUGGAUGGGUCAUAACAUUCUAGAUCUGACAAUCUUGAGGCUACGUUCAAACAAGUUUUCGGGGCAUAUCCCUAAAGAGUUGUGUGCACUCAGUUUUCUCCAAGUCUUAGACGUUGCCUAUAAUAGUCUUUCAGGAAGCUUACCAAGUUGCAUUAAUAACUUAAGUGCCAUGGUUUAUUUUGUAAAUGGCUCAUUUGGGAACUACAUUGGGUACAGGUCAACAUAUUUUAUGGAGAAUGUAUUUCUUGUGAUAAAAGGCCAAUUUUAUGAAUAUGAUAGGACUCUUAAUUUGGUAAGAGUCCUUGAUUUGUCAAAUAAUAAUUUAUCAGGAGAUAUCCCUUGGGAAAUAACUAGGCUUCAGGGGUUGCAAUCACUGAAUUUAUCGCACAACCUUUUCACCAGAAGGAUCCCUCCAAAUAUUGGUGACAUGAGUUCAUUAGAAUCUCUUGAUCUUUCUGUAAACAAAUUGCUUGGGCUGAUCCCUGAAAGCAUGUCUAGAUUGUCAUUUCUAAGCUACUUGAACUUGUCUAACAACCAACUGACUGGAAAGAUACCUUUAAGUACUCAAUUACAAAGCUUUGAUGCAUCUUGCUAUGCUAGAAAUGAACUUUGUGGCCUUCCACUAAUGAAUAAUUGCAGCAAAGUCAAUCAUGUAGUACUUGGCACUGGAAAUAAUGGAGGGAAAGAUAUGGAUGGAGCUAAUGUGAAUUGGUUGUUUGUUAGCAUGGCACUUGGGUUUAUUUUGGGAUUUUGGAGUGUAUUGAGUCCUCUAGUUAUUAGUAGGCAAUGGAGGUGUGCAUACUAUCAAUAUGUGGAUGAGACGUGGUGGAAAGUCAGUGAUUAUGGAAGUAGAUUUUUCUAAAAUUUUAUGUGUUACAAGUGUAUUUCUCUUCAUAUUCUUGUGAUAUGUAAUAAAACCUCGCCUUUUCACCUUUGUGCAAUUUUGUUUGGACUUUUUGUGAUCUGCAAUGAAGUCGUAAAAUAGUU